AUGACGGAAACUCAGGCGGCGCGGUUUGGGAAAACAGGCUUGCGCUCCGGGGCGUUUUGUGCCGGGGACGAGGAGACCCCCUCCGCUCUUCCCUGGGUCCCCGUGAGCAGGAGGAGGCGGCGGCGGCGGGGCGAGGAGGUGGGGGAGGCGGAGGGGGCCCGAGACGAGCAGCGGCCAGUGAAGCAAUCCCUCAGCAAGUCUCUCUGUAGGGAGUCACACUGGAAGUGCCUGGUUCUAUCCCUCCUCAUGUACGGCUGUAUGGGAGCCAUGACGUGGUGCCAUGUGACUAAGGUGACCCGGCUGACAUUUGACAGUGCAUACAAGGGAAAGUCCAUGAUGUACCACGACAGUCCGUGCUCUAAUGGCUACGUCUACAUUCCCUUGGCCUUCCUGGUGAUGCUCUACGUUGUCUAUCUUGUGGAGUGCUGGCACUGUUACACCCGCAAUGAACUGCAGUACAAGGUGGAUGUAGAAAGUGUGCAUGAGCGUGUCCAAAGGAUGCAGCAGGCCACACCGUGCAUCUGGUGGAAAGCCAUCAGCUACCAUUAUGUCAGGAGGACUCGCCAGGUUACCCGCUACCGCAAUGGGGAUGCUUAUACCACCACCCAAGUGUACCAUGAGAGGGUCAACACUCAUGUGGCAGAAGCAGAAUUUGACUACUCGAACUGUGGAGUGAAAGACAUUUCAAAAGACCUGAUAGACCUGGAGAAUUUCCCAUCUACUCGACUUCGCUUCACCAAGUGCUUCAGCUUUGCUAAUGUAGAGUCCGAGAACUCCUAUCUGACCCAGAGGGCCCGCUUCUUCACAGAGAAUGAGGGACUGGAUGACUAUAUGGAGGCAAGGGAAGGCAUGCAUCUCAAGAAUGUGGACUUCAAAGAAUAUAUGGUGGCCUUCUCAGACCCAGACAACCUACCUUGGUAUGUCUCCCACUAUGUUUUCUGGGUAGCUGCUCUCUUAACUUUGUCCUGGCCCUUGAGAGUCUUGAAUGAGUACCGCACUUCUUAUGUUCACUACCAUGUAGAGAAACUCUUUGGAUUUGAUUAUGUGGCGGUAACGCCUGCUGAAGAACGCCCUUUCUGCCGGAGGAUGCCACGGGUCAACACAGUGGAUAGUACUGAGCUAGAGUGGCAUAUCCGGUCUAACCAGCAACUGGUACCAAGCUAUUCAGAAGCUGUUCUCAUGGAUUUAGUGGGGCUGUCUGGCUGUACUACCUACUCCUCCUGCCGCUAUGGGAGCUACAGACAAAACUGUGAACAGUGCCACAGGACUAUAAGCAGCUCUUCCAUCUUCUCCCGCAGUGCUCUCAGUAUUUGCAAUGGCAGCCCCAGAAUCCCCUUUAGCAGCAGCCGCUUCUCAUUGGGCCGCCUUUAUGGCUCACGGCGCAGCUGCCUUUGGCAGAGCCGAAGUGGGAGCCUCAACGAACAGAGUUGCCCAACUGAGCAAACCCGGCUGUCCAGCCAAGUCACAGUGGAGGAGGAAGAUCCCCCUCCAUACCAGGAUGCUCUCUAUUUUCCGAUCCUCAUUGUGCAUCGAAACGAAGGCUGCCUCAAUCAUGAUCACCGACAUCUUCAUCGGAAUGGGUCCUGUGUGGAGACCUCACUGUGAGGGUGCGGAAACUAACUACUGAAAGUGCCCUAUGCCCAGAUGUGGUUGAGGAUCAGAGGAUAUGGAACACAGAUGGAGGCACCAACAUACUGGUUAUGUGCAUCAGAGAGGAUUGCUCCCUUUCCCUGUCCCACAAAGGUUCCGAGUCCCAUCCUGUCUCUAGAGAUCUGUUAAUGGCUUUGCUAAGUGGUGAGCAAUCUAGCGCCACCAUUAAAACCAUGGUACAGAAUUGCAGAUUGACAACCACAUGCAAAAACAAAAACAAAAAACCAAGAGAAAACCAACAGUGCAAAGGCAGCCCAAGUACCAUAGCUGCUUUUUUUCUGGCUCUGCCUCCCAGUUACUCAAGCUACUGUACUCUCAUGCUAUCUAGCAGGAACUGUCUCUUUCCCAUAUUGUAUGGUGGGGACUGUUAUCACAACUUCUUAGGGUCAUAAUUCAGUGGACGAAUCCAUGGCAAUGUGGCAUGUUUCCUUCUCAAGCGAGGCAAUUAACUGCUCUGAUUUCCUAGGCACAAGACGCUGAAAAAGUAGUUGACAAAACAGCUACAAGUCAGGCCUUCCUGCAUUCUUUUUUCUUUCCCCCAAACAAUGCUCUGACUGUUACAUUGUUCUCAGCUGCUGAGGACAUAAGAUUUUAGGAUGUUUCCCUGGAAAGCCUUGAUAUUUCACAUUUGAGAAUCAUCACCUCAAAGCUUUAAGCAUUCAACAUACUUUUUUUGUGGCAGCAGAAAGGAAGACUAAGCAAGGAAGGUACAAAGGAAAUCCCAGAUUUUGAUCUGAUGCAGUCUUGAAUUCAAAUCCCGGAAAAGGCCCAGUACACAAAAUCAUACUAUAAGAAGAGGUGUGUCGUGUCCAAGAGUUUAACCUUUCGAACGUCAUCAAAAGGAAUAAAGCUCUGAGAUCUAAUCUGUGAAGGAUAGGUUUUCCUAGCCAAGAUGCACUUUCUCCAUAAUUUAGUAACUGAAAUCAGCUUAGAAGAAUUCUUGUUUUUCAUAGCUUUCUGAUCUCUCCAGCGUUCAUCUGUCUUAUGAAGCUACUUCACUAUGAAGUCCCACAAAGGGAGAAAAUGAUGUUUUUUCUGCACACAGUAACAGUUUCUUCUAAUAAAACUAUGUUUACCUCACUAUACCACACUUCCAGGAACUGCAGACCAUCUCUUGACUCCACGUUGCUGUUUAGUGCCAUUUUAACAAGUACCCUUCAGUUAUAUGAGCACAAUCUACUGCAUAUUUGCUUUGCUAAUUUAUAUUUUUAAUGGGCACUCCAAAUGUGUGAGAAAAUGUGCCCUAACCAAAUCACUACACAUUCUUGAAACAUUAAUUUUGUGGACUACCCACUGUGAUUUUUUUAAACUGAUUUGUGAAACAAAGAAAUGGGGUUGGUACAAAUUACACUCGGAUAAUCUGUUUGUAUCCUCAUGAGCUGCUUCUACUGAUGCCUCAGUCAUACAUUUAAAGGGGUGGGGUGGGAGGAAUAGAACUGCAAUGUGUCCAGAUGAUUUAGUAUCCAUAUCAGUUACACAGUUCAAAUAUUCCCUAGUGGUGGAGGCGGCAGCAGCUGUUAGCUGAUGAGUCCUGAUGUUGGACUGCACCCCACUAAUCAAUCAAGGUGAAAAAUGCUGAUUUGGAAAAAGCAAGGUCUAGACGCACAAACAAGGCUGUAGAGGCAAAUAGUGAUAAAACAGUGUAAGAUCAUUUUUGUGCUUUGCUUUUCUCUCACACUGUGCAACAGUGCUUCACUUGUGCUGGGGGCAUAUGCAGAAGGAGGUCUAGAUGAAUGAUGGGAAAACAUUUCCACAUCUGUGUUUCAUGGUUCUGUAACACUUUCUUCCAUGUUUUCUUUUCAGAGUUAGACGGAAAAACAGGACAAAAUUGUUCAGGAUUGUAACAAAAAUAUGCAUUUUUGUAACUAAAAUUUUAAAACAUGUUGGGGGGAAAAUCAACAAAUUCCUCAUAAAAUCCUUUAAAAGCCAUUUCCUUUUUAAAAAUGUGAACUGAGUUACCCAGCUCAUUAAAUGUCAAGGUAGAAAAGCAACAAAAUACAACAACUUAAAUUGCUGUCUUAGAGGCAUUUCAUACAAAUGUUGCAAGGCAGAAUGGACAUGUAUGGCUAAUGUUUAUUUUGGGAAUCUGCAGAGGAUAAAAUAUUCAAGGACACACAUUACAUGAACAAGAUCACCAGCUGCUUUGGUGUGUGAUCUUGAUAGAUGAACCCAAUUAUUUCUUUGGUUGCAUCUUCUCAUUAUGAAGGGAAGCACUGCCUGUUGUUUUGGUCAGGAUGUUAUGAUAAGCAUAUGAAGAAUAAUUCUGUAGUUUUACAUUAGUUGCAAAUAGAGAUGGUGACUGUUAGAGAAUAUGUUGAAUAUAAAAUCAAACAAUGUUUUGUUUUUAUUAUUUACUAAUUAACAUAUUUCUAGCUUGCCCUAGAUCAGAUCUCAGGAAAGGACAGAACUGCUAAAACAAUUUGAAAUGAACUCUGGAAAAUUGCAGUGCACCACAGUCAUCAACAUUAAUAACAAAACAACAAAACAAAUCUCGACUGAAUUGCAAACAAAGCCUGAAGAAAAUGCCACCAAAAUUAAACCAGAAUAGGUGCCAAGCAAGCCUCAGGAGAGAAAAGUAUUCAAAAACUGUGGUGACAUAAUUUGCCUUUUGCAUCAUCUCCAUGUUUUAUAUUCCCACUGGUAGGACAUGGAGGACUUGCAUGACAGAUGUUGGUAUUCAUGCAGGGAACUAGUGAUUGAUUUUGCCAAGAAGUAGCAUCAAAUCUUCCUUGUCCCAUAAAAGAACAUUUUCUUGCAUAACUCAGAAUCAAGGCCAUAAUCCUUGAAAAGUGAGAAUCAUAAUAUGGAAUGUAUUUAUGUGCCUGUAAAUUUACUGCACAGAUGUGAAAUCCAUUAUCUGAUGUGAAUACAGUGUCUGAAUAUUGUAAUAUCCUUUCUUUAAAAUAGACAAGUUUCUGUCCAUCAUAGUAGUCAUAAAGAAAAACUUGUAUAUACACACGUUAGUAUAUCAGUGAAAUCUUAAACCUGAAAGCAGCUGGCUGAGGAAUAUUAUUCUGAUAAUUUCAGUGCCCUACAUAUCUUACUAAUAGUAUAUGAUUAUUGUUCCCUUAGAUAACACCAGUUUCCCUCUCCUUCCACUCCUUUUUUAACCACCUCAAUCCUGAUAGAAUUCCAUGGCAUGUUACUAGUACAGCAAUGUGCAAAUAAAGACCUGGACCCCGUUCAGUUGUUCUGCUCAUGGAACUGCUUCCAUCGUUGGAAAUGGGAGUUAAACAAUAAUCUCCCUCUUGCAGCCUCCUCUUCCAGUCCUCAAACUGGCUCCGGAGGAGGGCUGGGAAAGCCUGGAGAAGACUUUCCCAGCAAGGGGUAGGGUGGGGGGAACUAGCCAGUAUCCUCCAGGGUAAUUCUAGAUGGAGGCUUAAGAAACUAGAUGACAGUCUAGUUCACUUAGUAUGAGAACAGAACUUGGGAUUUUUUAUAUCCAUUCACUGCAGAACAUUAAUAGAGCUUUCACAAUUUCUUUCUUUGUCAGGCUACAGCAUUUCUAGUUGACUGGGGGAGGGGCAUGAUGAGAAAUUUAUUUAUUAUUUCAAGUUCUAUACUGGCUGAACAGUGUGAACACUCCCUGGGCAGUUCACAACCCAUCAAAACACAAUUACAGUCAGUCAUACAAAUAAACCCACAAAAUGCAAUAAAUGUAAUAAAAACCUUGCCUCUAGCUGAGUUGGUAAAACUGCAUUUAAAUAAAUAAAACAUUUAAAACAAAUUUGAACAACCCAGGUCAAUUAGUUAAAAUACUAUCAAAAGACAGUUUUAUGCAGUUCGGUUUUAAUUAACUUCCUGAAAACUGAGAGGGAUGGCUCCCAACAAACCUCUGUAGGAAGCUUAUUCCAGAGGAAAGGGGCCACAAGUUCCUGGUCUUAGCUUUUAUAACCUCCCACAAGGAGCAGAUGAGACAGGAUGUUGUUUUGCGAGAUACACAUUCUGACAAGUAUUGAGUACCAAACCAUUAAGGACUUUAUAAGUCAUAACUUGCAUCUUGAAUUGGGCACGGAAACUAACAGGGAGUCAAUGAAAGUGUGCCAAGACUGCUCAUGUGUGUUCAUAUCCGUUGAUACCUGUAAUCAGACUGGCAUUGCAUUUUGGAACUGCUAGAGUUUCCAUACCAACUUCAAAGGCAGCCCUACUUAGAGAGCAUUACAGUAGCCUAGAGAGAUUACCAAUGCAUGAACCACUGUUGAGAGACAUUUAAUAUCCAGGUUGGGGUGCAACUGGGCAAUGAGUUCCUCCAUAGAGAGAGCCAGGUCCAAGAGCACUCCCAAGCUGUGAACCCAAUCUUUCAGAGGGAAUGUAAUCCCAUACAGACUGGGUAAAGUUCUCUCUAACCAAUCUGAUGAUCCACACAUCAGGAUCUGUCUUACUUGGAUUCAGUUUCAGUUUGUUGGCCCUCCUCCAGUCCAUUACUGAGGUAGCAUUGGGUAGCAAUGGCAAACCUCCAAUAAGACAUGGCAAAAGCUCUGUCCUGUCCCACCAAAUAAUUGGUGUGAUUUAAGUAAGAACAGAAAUGUGCUUGGCACGUCUUUCUUAACCUAUCUCUCAUCAAAGGCAGCACAAAUGCCUUCAAUCUCUCAGAGCUUUUUCCAAGAAUCUUGUUGCCAAAUGAAAAUAAUGAAGCAUUUUGAAAACACUAAAGUACUGUUAGAAUUGAUGAUGAUGCACUAGGUCGCCAGGCAUAUUCAAACUGCAUGUGUGCGUGUAUUUUCUACCUUGUUUUCAUGGCAGCUUCAGAGAUCUUUUCCCAUCUCAGUAAGGGGAUAAGGACAAUGCAUACAAGGCACACUAUCACAUAAAUAGGCCUUGAAAACCUGUGGAUAGUGCUGGUAGGUGCAUAGACAGACAGGCCGCUGCUUAGCAGGAAGGGAUUCUGAAUCAAGAACUCUGGAGAGAGAUUCUCACAGCUAGGUGCAAAUCUCUGCUCUCUUGAAAUAACCCUCUUAGUUCAGUAAUUUAUAUACAGAAGCAGCAUCUCACCACUUAAUUUCGUUACCAUGGAAAGGACUGGCAUUUCUUCACUCUCUGUAGGUGAGCAGACAAACACAACUGGAUGCUUCUCUUUCCCACUUCAUUAUGAGUGCUACUCUUUGUCCCCUCUUCUCAGGGAGUUCAAACUUACAGAAGAGUAAGAUGGUGCACAUAUAAUAUAGCAGUAAAAUGUGUUUCCUGCAUGUUAAAAAGAAACUAUGAUAGAUGCAGAGAGUUGUCUGCAUUCUAAAUAGAGUAGAACUGAGGCAUGCAAAAAGUUAUGUGCAGAAAUUCUUACAUGAAACUUGCUCUUUUACAACCUGAUAGUAUUAGACUGAACAAGCUUAAUGUGUGAGGAGUUGUGGUCAUAUUAUAUUUAAAUUUUUCAUUGUUAAUGCAAAAAAAUCUACUACUAUAGCAUCCUUGAUAGACAGCUAUUUAGAUUCUGCUAAAUAGCAAGCAAACAAAUCUAGUCCAGUCCAAUCCAUCAGCUUCCAGGUCAGUCUGUUCCACUGUCAAAAUGACUUGUACCACCCAGAAAUGCAAAGCUCUUCUUAAUGUUUAUUUUGCAGUCCUCUUUUUCUAAAUUCCCUGCCCCCAAUCCUGUCUUCUGCUGCAGUGCUUUUGUUAUCAGGAAUAUCUAUAAUCAGCCACAAAUACUGUAUAAUAUGGGAACUGCAGCAGUGAUAACACACAAUUAAUGUACACUGGGUAAAUAUCUUUUAAAAAAAGAGCCUAGAGAUGAUCUCUUAGUGUCACCAACUUUGUACCUCUUAAAUAAUGCCAGAGUUAUAUAAAGAAAAUAUCAUUACACAACAUUAAAGUAGGCAUUGCCAAGAAAGUGGCCUUCCUCUUUUGUGUGUUCAUUUCAGAAAAGCAGAACUCACAUUUUGUGUGGAAUAUGCCUUUCAGAGACCAUCAGAAUCAAAUGAAGAUUUGCAUUCCUGUCCUAACAUUGUUCUUCCAAAUUCAAAAGCCUUUGCAGAUAGAAGAAUGGCAAGCUGAUAGAAGCCUCAUGGUGCAGUAGUUAAACCGCUGUACUGCAGCCAAAACUGUGCUCAUGACCCAGGGUCCU